AUGAAGUUCACUAGCUUUAUUCCCUUUGUCACCCUUUUUGCAACGGCUCUAGCCAAAUUCGAAGACACAACACCACCCAUUGAGAUUGUCGGCAACAAAUUCUUUUACACUAAUAAUGGUUCGCAGUUCCUCAUGCGUGGUAUAGCAUACCAAGAAGACACCUCGUUGCAAGGCGGUGAGAGAUCAUCUUCGUCAAACAAUACAGCGUACAAGGACCCCUUGGCAGAUGCCGCCGCAUGUCGCCGUGACGUUGAGCAUUUCAUAAAACUAAACACAAACACAUUGCGUAUAUACGCAAUCGACCCAGAGUUGGACCACGACGAAUGCAUGCAAAUGUUUAGCGAAGCAGGCAUUUACAUCGUCGCCGACUUGUCACAACCACAAAACUCAAUCAAUCGUAACGAACCCAGCUGGGACGUUGCCCACUACGAAAGAUACACUCAAGUAAUUGACGCACUUGCCGACUAUGCAAAUGUCUUGGGCUUUUUCGCUGGAAACGAAGUUACAAACAAUCGUUCCAAUACUGAUGCCUCUCCAUUUGUCAAGGCGGCAGUAAGAGACAUGAAACAAUAUAUCGACAACAGCUCCAACAUGAGAAAAAUUCCCGUUGGUUACAGUUCCAACGACGACGAAGAUACUCGUAUCGCCAUUGCCGACUACUUUGCAUGCGGCUCUUUGGAUGAAAGAGCCGACUUUUUUGGUAUCAAUAUGUACGAAUGGUGUGGCGACUCGACAUUUGAAGAAAGUGGAUACAAGGACCGCACAGAAGAAUUUUCAAACUUGCCAAUCCCCAUCUUUUUCUCGGAAUAUGGAUGCAAUGUCGAAAGACCAAGACUAUUUACCGAAGUUCAGGAAUUGUACGGAAGAAACAUGACCGAUAUUUGGUCCGGUGGUAUUGUUUACAUGUACUAUGAGGAGGCAAACAACUAUGGUUUAGUUUCACUUCGUGGCUCAUCAGUAUCAACCAUGGGCGACUACAAAUACUAUAGCUCUGAGAUUAACAAUAUUAGCCCAUCCUAUGCACACUCCUCAGAUGAAACAGACCAAGCCACUUCAACAUUGUCUUGCCCCGACUCGAGCAAAUCAACGUGGAGAGCAUCACCCGACUUGCCCCCAACUCCAGAUGACAACUACUGUUCAUGUAUAGCACAAUCUUUUGGAUGCGUGGUUAAGGAAGAUGUCGACGAGGAAGAUUAUGGCGAGAUCUUUGGCGAUGUCUGUGGAAGAAUCGACUGUUCAGACAUCAGUGCCGACGGAACAAAGGGUGAAUAUGGCGAAUAUUCCUUUUGUUCAGCCAAAGAAAAAUUAUCAUACGUCCUCAAUUUGUACUACAUGGAGCAGAAUGAAAACAGCAAUGCAUGUGAUUUUGACGGCCAGGCUUCGGUAAAUAGAGACGCCCAAGUUGCAUCCAGCUGCACAUUGGGCUCGGGAGCAAGCAGAGUACUCCAAGGCUCUGGCUCUGGCUCUGGUGCCUCAAGAACAGGUACCAACUCUGGUUCAACAAAUACCGCAUCAGGAUCCAGACAAAGUUUGGCAUUGCCCAAUGCAGAAAAGGUUUCAAGUUUCAAAUUGAUGUGCAUAGUUGGCAUUGUUAGUGUUUUCGUUGGUGGCCUCACUAUUGCAUUGUAA